UAAUCAGAUUUCGUUUACAGGAAGGAAGUAUCCGACCAAGUCCCACAUUAUUUCUAGGGUUUGCGAUAUCGUAAUUUUUUUUCCCCCAAUUCGAUUUCAUCUGUUUUCUUCGAAUUCCUCUUAACUAUUGAACAAACUUCGACGAUGAGUACAACACAAUUCGCAAUGGUUGAGGAACUGGCUUCCCUUAUUAAAGAUAACUUCUCAAGCAGGCAUCUUGUUCUUGCAAUUGAAGAAGCUUUGGUGAAUUACCUUCAAGAUGAUCCAAGCCCCGAUGGAAUACUUCAGCUAGAACCUAUGAGUUCAUACAACCGACUCAUCAUCCAUCGCCUUGCUGACAUCUUUGGAUUUGUUCACGAAUCUGUAGGUGAGGGAGAUGAUCGCCAUUUGGUGUUGCAACAAUGCUUGGAUACAUCAAUACCUUCUAUCCUUGUUAGUGACAUCCUUUGGCACUUUGAUGCAUGUGAAUCACCACCUUUGCCCUACCAGCUUUUGAGAAGAGAUGAUGCAUGCACAGUAUUGAAGAUAAACUUAGCCUCUUCCCCAAAUUUUGUUGAAAGAGAAGCAGCUUAUCUAGCUGCUCGGGAACGCAUAUUUGGUACUACGAAUGAAGAUGAGUUAAAACAACCUGCCAAACAGAGACCAAGAAAUGUACCUGUUGUUGCACGUCGCAUGAUUGCCCAUGCACUUGGCCAAAAAAUUAUUCACAACAACCAGGCACAGGGUUAUGAGGCUAGACAUUCAAAUGAAGAGGCUAUUUUGGAUGACAUCGAAAGAAGUAUUAAUGUUAGUUUAGAUCUGCAACCAAAACCUUCUUCCGAUUGUGUUCGCACAGACAAAAACCUGAAAUGUUUCAGAGGAGAAGGUAAUGACGCCAAAGUGUCACUAGUUGUACAUGAUGAAAAGUUGCAAAAAGCAGUUGAUAGGGACUUGUCUAAUGUUGCUCCUAAAAUCGGUGCAAAAAAUAGGACGACCAUUUCAAAAAUGAGCAUGAAAGAGGAAAAUCUUGGAGCGGCAAAAAGGAUGUUUGCUCAUGCUCUGGGUAGACAGGCUUCAAAAGACGGUGUUCCCAGGGUAAAGUAAAAACCAAUUACAGAUAAGAUUGUGAACACCAAUUAACAUAAUAUCAAGAGCUGCUGUAAAGGUUACAGAGCGUGGAAGAGGCAAAGAACAAUAUACAAAGAAACAAAGUCAUUGUUAAGUGUUGCAGCUGGCCUAAGGUAGAAAGAUACAAAUGAUGGCUUUCUCUUCCGACAGCGCAAACGAGAUGUGACUGGUGAAUGGAAAUGACAAGUUAUAGGGAUACUAACCACGUUUAGUUUGCCUGAAGAUACGAGAAUGAACUGAGUCUUCUGGCUUAUAUAUGUCACCGCCAUUAUCGUGCUUAUUCAGAAGACGGUGAUACUUGUAAAGCGCUAAAGCUACUCGUCCUUAUUCAUGCUCAGGCUAUGGGCUAUCUUCGAUGGCUAACAAACGGGAUGAAAGGAAGCUUUUGUUGGUUAUCAUAUAGUUUCAUGGACAUCUUGGAAUAUUUAUAAGAAUAAUUGGCUAUUAUUCUAUUUACUAUUCAAAUUGUGAGUGUUAGUUUUAUGGAUGUAGUUGUACUUUGAUCAAGUUUAUAUGGGGUUUCCUGUUGAUGUGUAAAUUUUAAUAACCGCAAGCAGUACGGUGUACGUGUAGCUGUACGGGUCGAACUCAGAGAAGCGAAUUAACUAAUUUGUUUGA